UUAUCGCGGCAGAUGGAGUGGUCGCGGUUCCAUCGUCACAAGUGGGACCAGGCGACGACCUUCGCGUGGAAGAACUUCUCGUCGGCGCCUGUGCGGAGGAUGUUCUCCUUCGUCACGGUGCUGGGGAGAGCCGCCCUACCUGAGGACAAGCUGAAGGAGUUGACAGAGCUGACCCAGGAAAUGAAGUCGUCGUACUCCGCUGCCAAAAUCUGCAGGUACGACCCCACGCGCCGCCGCCUGGACAACGGAGACUACGACUACAACGCAGACAACGACCUGGAUAACGACAUCGGUUGUAUUCCGACACUCAGUCUCGAACCGCACCUCGUCCAGCUGAUGGCGACCUCCCGCGACCCGGAGGAGCUGCGCUACGUGUGGCGGGCGUGGCGGGACGCGGCGGGGCGGCCUCUGCGCGGGAAAUACACGCGCUUCGUCGAGCUGUCCAACGAGGCUGCGAGACUCAACGGCUUCGAAGACGCCGGCGACUUCUGGCGGAGCGACUACGAGACGGAUGACUUCGAGGACAUCAUCGACGGGCUGUGGGCGGAGCUGAGGCCGCUGUACGAGCAGCUGCACGCGUAUGUGCGCAGGAAGCUCAUCGAGAAGUACGGCGAUACCAUCGUGCCGCCCAGGGGCCCCAUCCCCGCCCAUCUCUUGGGCAACAUGUGGGCACAGACGUGGACCCACAUCUUGGACCUCACAGUACCCUACCCCGGCCGGCCCAGCGUCGACGUGACCAACACCCUCCGCCGUCAGGGAUACUCGCCCUUCGACAUGUUCCGGCUGUCGGAGUCCUUCUUCAUUUCGCUCGGUCUUGAGCCGAUGCCCUCGACCUUCUGGCAGAAGUCACUCCUCAUUAAGCCCACCGAUAGAGAUGUUAUCUGUCACGCCUCUGCCUGGGAUUUCUGCAAUGGUAUAGACUACAGAAUCAAGCAGUGCACCCAGAUUACGAUGGAAGACAUGAUAACAGCGCAUCACGAAAUGGGCCACAUCCAGUACGAUCUCCAGUACCGCAACCAGCCUUUCAUCUUCAGGGACGGUGCCAACCCCGCCUUCCACGAAGCAGUGGGGGACGUCCUCGCCCUCUCGGCCGCCACGCCCUCGCACCUCCAGGAGAUCAACCUCCUCGCCAACGUCGACGAAUCUUUCGAGAAUGACAUCAACUUCCUCUUCUCGAUGGCGCUGGACAAGAUCGCUUUCCUGCCGUUCGGGUAUCUCGUCGACAAGUGGCGUUGGGAAGUGUUCAGCGGAGAAAUUAGUGAGUCGCAGUACAACAGCCGCUGGUGGGAUCUCAGGGUGAACUACCAGGGUGUAUCUGCGCCCUUACUGAGGGACGAGGACGACUUCGAUCCCGGCGCCAAGUUCCACAUCCCGGCCAACGUUCCUUAUGUGAGGUACUUUGUGAGCUUUAUCGUGCAGUUCCAGUUCCACGCUGAGCUCUGCAAGGCGGCGGGACACUCGGGCCCUCUCCAUCGCUGCAACAUCUACCGUUCUGCCGAAGCUGGGAGGCUCUUGAGGAACGUCCUCUCCCUCGGCAAGUCCCGCCCUUGGCCCGAGGCGCUCUCCGUCCUCACCAGCGGCCGCACCAACCAGCUUGAAGCAGGACCUAUUCUCGAGUACUUCGAGCCUCUCAUGUCCUGGCUCGAGUCUCAGAACAAGGACGAGUUUAUCGGCUGGCAGGAAAACGAAGCCAUCGUCCUGGGCGUGGUGAGCUCCAACGCCUCCGUGGUGACGGGCGUGAUCCUCGCCUUCAUCGCCAUCGUCCUCCUCGUGGCCCUCGUCAUCAUCGCCGUCAGGAAGCUGCGGUCGUCGGGCGGGUCCUUCACCGCUCCUGCGCCGGGGACCUGAGAUGAGGCGGACCCGAAGCCUGAGGUUGAAAUCAUCGAGGAGGACUUAGGGACGAUUUAGCAGAGAGCGAUUCCUUGUUUUUCUCUCUUUUUUUGCGGUAUAUUUAUGAUAAGAUUCUUAUUUAUGUAGUUUUUUGUGUUGCCAGUUCAUGUCCCGACUGUCUUUACAAGCUUGUACUUUAGGAAAAGAUUCGUUUUGGUUUCUCUAAGGUGCUCCGCGCACUGAUCUCUCUUUUUUAUUAUUUGCCAAGAAAAAAAAUGCAAGCUACCUCAAGAAAAAUAAUAAAGUAACAAUAAUUAACCAGUAUAAGAAGACCAAAGAUAAGUGUUUAAUCUCUCAGACGCCCUCAAGAGCCGCCCCUUGCUAGACUUGACGACAUCCAACAAAUAGCGUCCAUUCUCUGCUGUAAUCGCCGCCCUUAAAAGUCCCUCUCGACGGGCCUCUCUCCUUUCCUCGACCUUCGGACUUCGGGUCACUGACUUUGAAACUAGUCCCGUCCUUUGGCUUCGGUCGGACUCUUCCAAGGCUGUACAGAAGGAUGGUAUGUGUCUUCGGGAGCCAUGGAACGUGCUUCGAAACCCGACCGAUUUUCGAGCACAAAAACCACACACGGAGUUUACUUGAAAGUAUGAUGUACAAAGUCCACACACUAUAAUGUAAUGGUGUUAAUGAGGUGGUUAUAGUUUUCACGGCGAUGUGUCCUUUUCGGUGGUACAGGUUUUGAGUUUUGUACCAUAUCUUACAUGCUGCCAAUGUUAGUGGUUCAAAUCUUGAGCUUAUGAGUUUCUUAUGGAGCGUGGGUGCUCAAAUAUGUUAUCAGAUAAUAUACCUUCCCGUCGCUGUAUAUAGAUAAUUCACAUCAUCAGGUCUGGCUGGUAUUUUCGGUGUGUUUAUGAACAUCCAGUGCCAAAAAGACAGCGAACCACUCACACAUGGCAUGGAGAUUCUGAACCAAAUCUUAAAAAAAAAAAAAUGUACACCACUUGGGGAACACGUAAAUGCCCUUUUAAUCUGUGUGUAAAUCGAAAAUAUGUAUAAAAUUUCCCCUUUUUUUAUCCCUACACGCUUAUUUAUUCUUAAAGGAGAAGGAAGCAAUAUCUGUGACCUUGCUGCACCUCCCACCACCACAGUUGAGUCAACACAAGGGUGGAAUUAAGCAAGACUCCAGACCAUUGCCAUCCAGCCGAGACGUUCUUGGUAUUAGUAAGGGAGUCACUCUUGUUGGUGUUGUCUUCUGUUUUUUGUUAUUCACGUGGUAGCACCGUUGAAGUCGUAGUGUAAGGUAAAAAACAAAAAAGCAAAACAAAAAGUUUAGCUGUGUAGACGUGUGAUAUAGAUGUUACCUUCUUUUAACUGUUAUGACACUGUCUUUAAACACGCAUUUGUUGGGCUUUAUCGUAAGCCCGAUAAACCCAUGGCAAAUAAAAUCAUGCAUUCAUUCACGAAUCACGAAAGACAUGCCAUUAUCCUGCACUUUAUGUUGAUGCUUUAAUAUGAAAUUAUUGUAUUCACGCACGUUCAUGAUUUGUAUAGCAAUGUUUCUAUACGUAAAUAAAGUGUAUUUGUAAC